AUGUCGGGUCAAACAGGUCAAAAGAAAACCGGCUCUAACUUCGCCUUUGAUUUUUUGAUGGGCGGUGUUUCCGCUGCUGUUUCAAAAACUGCAGCCGCUCCUAUUGAACGUGUUAAAUUAUUACUUCAGAACCAAGAAGCUAUGAUCAAGUCCGGUCGUCUCUCAAGGCCUUACAAGGGUAUUGGCGACUGUUUUGUUCGAACCGUUAAAGACGAGGGUGUUAUCAGUCUUUGGCGUGGUAAUACCGCAAAUGUCAUCCGAUACUUCCCUACUCAAGCCUUAAACUUUGCGUUUAAAGAUAAGUUCAAGCGAAUGUUUAACUAUAAAAAAGAGAGGGACGGUUAUGCUAAGGUGUUUCUUGGCAACCUUGCCUCCGGAGGUGCUGCUGGUGCUGUAUCUUUAACAUUCGUGUACUCUCUCGACUUUGCUCGAACUCGUCUUGCCAACGACGCCAAGGCUGCUACGAAAGGUGGUGGUGAGCGUCAAUUUAACGGUCUUAUCGAUGUCUAUCGUAAGACCCUUGCAUCCGAUGGCUUAGUUGGUCUUUACAGAGGCAUCAUUAUUUACAGGGGUCUUUACUUCGGUAUGUUUGAUUCUCUUAAGCCUAUUGUCCUCACUGGGUCUCUCAAAGACAAUUUCCUCGCAUCAUUUUUGCUCGGAUGGAGUGUUACUAUCGGAGCUGGCCUUGCGAGUUAUCCAAUAGACACUGUACGACGUAGGAUGAUGAUGACGUCUGGUGAGGCUGUAAAAUACAAAUCCUCCCUCCACGCCUUUAAAGAAAUUGUUGCCAAGGAGGGUACGGGAUCUUUGUUCAGAGGUGCUGGUGCCAAUAUUCUUCGUGCCAUCGCUGGUGCUGGUGUCUUAGCGGGUUACGACCAACUUCAAGUUAUUUUCUUCGGUAAAGCAUACUCCGGUGGUUCUGGCUAA